AUGCGUAUACAAGAGGCUGCCCGGAUUGCUUUUGCUCAUGAUUUCAUCAUGGAGCUUCCCCACGGCUACAAUACUGCUAUUGGGGAGAGAGGCGGCUUGCUAUCGGGUGGUCAGAAGCAGCGAGUCGCAAUUGCUCGAAGUAUUGUUUCAGAGCCACGAAUUCUUCUACUUGACGAGGCAACUAGUGCGUUGGAUCCUCACGCCGAGGAGGUUGUUCAAGAAGCCCUCAACAAUGUGUCUCAAGGACGCACGACUAUCACCAUUGCACACAAAUUGGCCACUAUCAGAGAUGCUGAUAAUAUUGUGGUCAUGGGAAAGGGUUGCAUUCUCGAACAAGGUGCGCAUGCGUCACUUUUGGAACAAAAUGGGGCUUAUGCACGACUUGUGCGUGCUCAAGAUCUCUCUGUGGACGCGGAAGCCUCCGAAGAAGAUACAGAGGAUGAGCAGCAAAAAGUCGAGCAAGACCACCUGGAGCUCACUGGUGAAUUGAGUCGGUACUCCACGUUGACACGAUUAGCUGUGGCGAAUCAAACUAGCCGCGAUGACUUUGACCACUGGGAAACAGUUGGGCUUCUUCAUACCAUCUGGCGACUUGUCAAGUCAACCCCAGAACUCAAGUGGACAUAUUUGCUUCUUGUUUCUGCGUGUCUAGGAGGAGCUGCUGCAUUACCCGGUCAAACUAUUCUGAUGUCCGGAUUCAUCGAAGUAUUCAAGCUUACUGGAGACAAAAUGCAAGUUAAAGGAAAUUUCUUUGCAUUGAUGUUCCUUGUCCUCGCAAUCGGUACUUUUGUUAUGUACUUCGUCCUCGGGUGGACAUCAAACAUUGUGGCACAGACCAUAAGCCAGAAGUACCGGAAGCAACUAGUCAACGACAUGGUCAAGCAGGAUCUUCAAUUCUUCGACCGCGCCGAAAAUACCACAGGCGCCUUGGCCAGCCGGGCGGAAACUCAUCCGCAGGCCGUGUUCGAACUGAUGGGAUUCAACAUUGCUCUCAUUCUUAUAGCAUCUGUCGGUGUCCUAGCAUGUAGCAUCCUCGCCCUGGCAUAUGCAUGGAAACUCGGCCUUGUCAUUCUCUUAGCGGGACUUCCGCCCAUGUUGGUUUCCGGCUACGCUCGCAUCAGGAUGGAGGGUGCAAUGGACCAUAAAAUUUCGAAAUCAUUCUCCAAAAGUGCUUCGAUUGCUUCAGAGGCAAUGAACUCCAUCAGAACAGUAUCGUCUUUGGCCAUUGAGAACUCUGUAUUGGAUCGUUAUACUCAAGAGCUCGACAAAGCGGUUGAUGCUGCUACGAAGCCCCUGCUUCUUGUCAUGUUUCCUUUCGCAUUCACUCAAAGUGUUGAAUAUUCCUUUAUGGCACUCGGGUUCUGGUAUGGAUGUCGACUUGUCUCAGCCGGAGAGAUAACCAUGGGAAACUUCUUCAUCGCCUUUUUGGGUGUGUUUUUCUCAGGCCAGCAAGCCUCCAUCCUGUUCGGAUUCUCAAGCAGUAUGACAGCUGCCACAAACGCGGCAAAUUACAUCUUCUGGCUGGAGCAGCUUCAACCAACGGUUCGGGAAACCGAAGAGAACAAACACGUGGGACCGGAAGACUGGAAGAGUCUUGAACUGGAGAAUUUGUAUUUCUCAUACCCAUUAAGACCCCACGCUUGCGUACUUCGUGGACUCAACCUCCAGAUUCAAAAGGGCCAAUUCGUCGCAUUCGUCGGAGCAUCCGGCUGCGGAAAAAGCACAAUGAUCAGCAUGCUCGAACGGUUCUACGACCCGGUAUCCGGCCAAAUCAACAUUGACUCCACAGCCCUGGCAAAUAUGAGCCCAUGGCUAUACCGAAGCCAGGUAGCACUCGUCCAACAAGAGCCGACAUUGUAUCCAGGAACAAUACGCGAGAAUAUCUCUAUGGGUGCGCCAACUAAUGACGACACAACAGUCUCAGAAGAAGACAUCGAGGCUGCUUGUCGGGCAGCUAAUGCGUGGGAAUUCAUCUCUUCUCUACCAAAUGGUCUGAACACACCAUGUGGACCUAACGGCACCCAGCUAUCGGGUGGUCAACGUCAACGUAUUGCGAUAUCCAGAGCUCUCCUCCGUAACCCGCAUUUACUGCUUUUGGAUGAAGCGACCAGUGCGCUGGAUACGCAGUCCGAGAGGGUUGUUCAGGAUGCAUUGAAUGAGGCGGCUUCACAAGGUGAUAGGAUUACGAUUGCGGUUGCGCAUCGGCUUUCGACUAUUCGGCAUGCGGAUAUUAUUUGUGUGUUUGACGGUGGGAGGAUUGUUGAAUCUGGCACGCAUGAGCAAUUACUGGCGAGGGGACGGCUUUACCCUAAGAUGUGUGAGGCGCAGAAUUUGGGUACUUGA